CAGACCACCCUGAUUCAAAGUAAAGUAUGAAUGUCCGUUUAAUUGGCCUGGGGAGAUGUCCUGUUGUCUUCGUUGAACAUGAGGUCCGAAUCAACACGGGGUCAUCAGAGAUACUGAGCCAACAAUAUCAAGGACUUCCAAGCUCCUGAUUGAAAACGAAAUUUUUACUUUGUUUAAUUUCCUAUCCUUUUUGUUGGUCAAUCCCAAAGGUUUAAUUUAGGAAUAUUUCUGCUGCAUAAACCUAUCAAUUAUUGACAUAUUUCAGUUCACCAGUUCAACCAUCUCAAUGGCGUUUUUAAUGAAAAAGAAGAAGUUCAAGUUUCAAAUCCAUUUUACAUUGGAGGAGCUCACAGCCGUGCCGUUUGUCAACGGGGUACUUUUCUGCAAGAUCCGAUUGUUGGAUGGUGGGGACUUUGCCAUCUCAUCAUCCAGGGAGGAGGUUCAGCAGAACUGUGUUCGUUGGAAAAAGAAGUUCUCCUUUGUCUGUAAAAUGAGUGCCAAUCCUACCACUGGAGUCCUGGACCGAUGCAUCUGCAGGGUUUCUGUACGCAAGGAGCUUAAAGGAGGAAAGACGUUUUCAAAGCUGGGCUUUGCUGACCUCAACAUGGCAGAGUUUGCUGGCUCAGGCUCCACCGUGCACUGCUGUAUUCUCGAGGGCUACGAUACCAAGAACACUCGACAGGAUAACUCCAUUCUCAAGGUUACUAUUGGAAUCACACUUUUGUCAGGGGAUCCCUGCUUUAAAACGCCCCCCAGCACGGCCAAGUCCGUCUCUAUCCCGGGCCAGGACCCCUCCCUGCAGCUGGACUGUAAGGGCGAGGGCACCGAUGCCAACUAUAACCCUCCCCCAGGGGGCGUCACCAGGACAUCAUCAGGACGGCCCCUCAAACCCAGACUCCCCUCAGUUCCUCUCAACUCUGGUCUACCUAGGGAGCAGUUGGAACAGAACCUGUCCAGCCCAGAUGAAGUGUUUCACACAGGACACUCCCGUAACUCCAGCUACGCCAGCCAGCAGAGCAAGAUGUCAGGCUACAGCACGGAACACUCUCUCUCCUCCAGCUUGACAGACCUCACCCACCGCCGCAAUGCCUCAACCAGCAGCAGUACCUCCGGGAGCCUGGGCACCCCUACCCAGACCCCCCACGUCUUCGCCCAUCCCCUCGCAGCAGACCCCCAGACACCAGGAGAGCCAGGCACCAAGCCUGAGAGACCCAUACGGCCCCUACGGCCUGUCCUGCUCUCCAAUAGAUCCUCCAGGAGGAAGAAGGACUCUGUGGAAAGCCACCCCACCUGGGUGGACGACACGCGCAUCGACGCCGACGACAUUGUGGACAAGAUCAUCCAGAGCCAGAACUUUGCUGAUGUCAACAACCAUAAAGAAGACAGCAACCUCAGACUGUUUGUCAGCAAAGAUGGGACUACAGCCCUGAGUGGGAUACAACUGGGAAACAGUGUGAUUGCUGGUGUCUUUGAGCCGGUAGUGAUCGAGAGCCACUAGCGAUGAAGAUUGAUGGAUGUCAAAUCACUCUACCCCCCCUCCCUCCAUCUCACUCAUUCCCUCAGCUGGUGGGAAAAGGGUACAUGGGGGACACUGAAGACAACUCCACAGUUUUUAACUGUUUUGUGUGUGUGUGUGUGUGUGUGUGUGUGUGUGUGUGUGUGUGUGUGUGCGCGCACACACGACUGGCUGCCUUUUGAACUACACCACUUCAACAAACACCACUAGACAACAGAUGUAACCCUUUAAUCAGACAUUUAAUCAGACAUUUAAUCAGACAUUUAAUCAGACAUUUAAUCAGAUGUUUAAGCAGAUGUUUAAGGUGAUGUUUAAGCAGAUGUUUAAGGUGAUGUUUAAGGUGAUGUUUAAGCAGAUGUUUAAGGUGAUGUUUAAGCAGAUGUUUGAGGUGAUGUUUAAGCAGAUGUUUAAGGUGAUGUAGGUGGGAGGUGCGACGUAUGAAUGAUCCAUUAAUGUAGAAAAGCUUUUAAAAUCGAUGCUUUCGUCUGGGGGGCCGGAGGUGUAAAGUCCUUGAUAGAGAGAGAAAUGGGAAACUUAUCGCAUCGUGGAAAUUGUAGUGCAACACUGAAAACCAGGAAAGGGCAUUGGAGUCAAAUGUGGCUGCCUCAAGUUGGAACGUUAUGGUUUACCCCAUGUGUAUCAAUUCAAAUGAGGGGAGCGUGCUAAUUGCAAUCCUCAGAUUCCAGAACAACAGAACAACAGCACUAGACCUUGGGCUAAAGUUACUGUAUAGCCCAAAUAACCCAUGUUAUAGAAUUAUAAAGUUAUAGAAUAUAUGCAUAUAAAUAUGUAAUAUGACAAUAGAUAAUAUUUAUAUACGGACCUGAGAAAGAGAAAGGUAUGCACAUGUGGCUGGCCAUAUGCAACUGUACAUACUGCCAUUGUCUAUGUGUGAUUCAUCAAUUACUCUCGGUAAAUGCAGGUAGGGUUGGUAAUCGAUGAGUCUAGUCUACGCCCUUGGUCCUCCUCCCUUGGCUCUUUUACAUAGUCUGCUUUACGUCCUUAAAGUAAAAUACUAUCCUGAAGUUCACCAGCUGGCUUGGUGUCUAUACUGUAAAAGUAGGAAAAUCAGACUCUUGGCUUUCUUGGUUUCUCUAUUUUUGUUGUUAGUCAUGUGUCUGUCUCAGGAUAUAUGGAUGGUGGGUUACCCUGUACUGUUUUGUCCCUGGCCUGUCAUGUAUGUCACACCUAAUUGAUUUGAGUCACCACGCCCAUGACAUCAGUCCGUGUUCUCAAGGACAGGAGCUGUCUGUUACCAGGUUUCACCCAUCCUCUUUUGGAUUGGUGUUCUCAAGGACAGGAGCUGUCUGUUACCAGGUUUCACCCAUCCCCUUUUGGAUUGGUGUUCUCAAGGACAGGAGCUGUCUGUUACCAGGUUUCACCCAUCCUCUUUUGGAUUGGUGUUCUCAAGGACAGGAGCUGUCUGUUACCAGGUUUCACCCAUCCCCUUUUGGAUUGGUGUUCUCAACAAACCAAUGUUUACAGUGCGAUGCAAAAGGAAACUCGACCGCAUAUUAUUUCCAACUUGCUUUCUCGCUGCAAGGGAAGAGUAUUGUUUUUUAAACCUGGUUACUGAUUUUGAUUGAAUUGGGGCCCAUAAUACGUUGUUAAGUUACUGAAGUGGGGUACUAAAGUUAGCCAGCUAACAUCAUAAUCCUUCUUUGUGAAGUACUUUCUAUGUGGCCUUGGCCACAUGAGCUGUCCAACUGUUGCCGUUCCACUUAAGUCGCAAUAUCACCCGAGAUGUUGACUCGUUAUCAAGCAACAUCAACUUACAAGUGAAUAAGGUGAAUAAGGGCUGUAAUGAUACAACUAUCAGUUGUAGUUGACAGUAUCUGGUCAUCUUCUCCAAAAUGACCAAGCUAUUCUAUUUCUUGGGGGGAAAUGUCAUUUCAUUUCAUAUGUUGUUAAGUUACUGAAGUACUAAAGUUAUGUCAUUUCAUUUCUGUCGUCCCCGGAUCUUGAAUGUGUUUGAAGAACAUUGCAUUGUAGGUAAUGGUGUAGUCAGAGCCAAUCAGAGCCAAUGAGUCAGUCUCAUGCAGCUGCCCCAUGUGGCACAAUGCACCUGGUGUGCACUGGCUUAACAACAGAUGGUUUUCAGAAGAAGCUCCACCCUCAUCCCCAAAUGACAAUGUCCUUUUGUAUGCGUGUUUGUGCCUGUGUGCCUGAGUACGUCAUUGUGAGGGAGGGAGAGGGAACGAAAAUGUGGGAGUUUGUGUGUGUACGUCUGCAUAUUGUGCGUGUGUAUGUCCGUGUGUAAGUGUGUGUGUCUGUCUGCACAUGCAUGUUUGUGCAUGUGUGUAUGUCUGUGCUGCAAACGAAUGUGCGCGUGCAAGUCAAAUUGUUUAUGUGUGCUGAAAUCAGAACAGCUUGCCACUCACCUGUCUUACGGUUCUUGACCCCUGAGUAUCCUUUCAGUUGAUCUGAGUCAACUCAGCAGGAAUAUGGACCUAAUGCAUAGCCUGUCUUACGGUUCUUGACCCCUGAGUAUCCUUUCAGUUGAUCUGAGUCAACUCAGCAGGAAUACGGACCUAAUGCAUAGCCUGUCUUACGGUUCUUGACCCCUGAGUAUCCUUUCAGUUGAUCUGAGUCAACUCAGCAGGAAUACGGACCUAAUGCAUAGCCUGUCUUACGGUUCUUGACCCCUGAGUAUCCUUUCAGUUGAUCUGAGUCAACUCAGCAGGAAUACGGACCUAAUGCAUAGCCUGUCUUACGGUUCUUGACCCCUGAGUAUCCUUUCAGUUGAUCUGAGUCAACUCAGCAGGAAUACGGACCUAAUGCAUAGCCUGUCUUUUCGCCCUUAGUCUGCUAAAUUAAAAUGUCUUUCAAAGGAAAAAGUGACAAUGGGCUUUUAUCUACCCACAUUUAGCCUCUACAUACUGUGUUUUCCUAACAAGGAUGUUUUAUUUACACCACACCAGACAUUCAUAGCUUACUGAGAUUUGACAUUCAGAGGCAUAGAGAUAAAAUGUCCAAAAUCCUGGCCCUUGAAAAAUAACAUUUGUAUUUUUGUGCCGUUGCAAUGUGCUUUUGUUUUUGUUUCACUCUCCAAUGUGCAUCAUUGACAUUGUAGAUGUUGCUGUUUAUACUGCGUGGGUGUACUCUUGAAAAAAAGGAAACAUUAAAUGCAUACGCUACAACUCCUCUGACAUGAAUGCACAUGCAUGGGAAUACGACACAGACAUUCUUAGCUUUAUUUUAAUGUGUCACAUUGAUGUGGACCAUUCACCUCUAUUUCAUUAACUUGAUAUAAGUAAGACACUGAAUCUGUGUAUUUUAACAGGGGCUUUUACAACAAAACUACUAUCUUUCUUUCACUCUGCCUCUCAUUACAUUACACUGUCUCUGAGGUGGUAUAAUGAUAAUUUGUAUUAAUGAUAAACUGAUAAUAGUUCUAAUGUCAAACACUUAAUUCAUAUUUUAGUUGUUUGUAUUUCCAAACCAGCUGGCUGGUUUACUUUUUGUAUUGUUUGAUUGUUUCUGAUUCUCCUGCUACUGAUUUUAUGUGUACAAGAGGGCUUGUUGUAUAUUCCUUGUAUUGUUUGGGUUCUGUUUUCCUACGUACUUGACUGUUUGUAACCAGAGUAGAACCAUGUUAACAUGAGGUUCUGCUGCCAUGAAUGGAGCGCCAAGGAUUUUAUCCUGCAUAUUUGAAAUAUGAAUGAAUCAAGACAGGGUGCGAUUUCUCUGGUGCAUCACAUCAUCAGAUAUGUGUCAUUGCAUUUUAAAUCAGCCAGAGUAUCCCCUCCUUGUUGUGGGUUGAAUAACUUGGUACAGUAGGUAGAGGAUGGCAGUCAACACUCUGAGAUUGCUCUCUGAAAGAUAGAGGGGGAGUACUGUAAAUCACUUUCAUGGUUCAAAACCUCACAUGGGCCUUUCCUGAGGCUCAUCAGCUCAGUAGGUAGAGGAACCAUGAUUGAGCGGGGACCAGAUAUGCUAUUCCAAGAUUCAUAACAGCACAUAGGUCUGGACAACUAUCUUGACUAUAAUUAUUUUGAGAUAUUUAUUUUACACACACACUUACAGGAUUGCGCCAAAGUUUUCUCAUCUCCAUUUUUUCUCCUAAAAUGUAUGUGGAGGUACACUGUGGCAUGAUGAAUUGGAACUAUAUUUCUACACACUAUUCUAAUGUUUCCUAUUUUAGAUUGUAAAUGUCUAGUGGAACAGUGUAAAUGUCAUAUUUUGUGGAAAUAAAAUUAUUGUUGGGCAUCUGAAAAA